AACGGAUUUGCCUUCUUUCCGAUUCUCUGGAGGCCCAGCCAGCUCAUAUUCCUCGGCCGCCACAAGGCCAUGGUGUCCAUCUUCUCGUCUCCCUAGCUGUUUGGGCUCAAGGUUCAAGCUAAUCACUCUUGACAUUCGUCCAUCUUGGAACUUUGCACCAUGGAGUGUCGAGAAGUGCCCUGCGCAGUGGUCUCGACGCUUCGAGGUAUCCCAGGCGCAGAGCUGUUUACGUGGCUUUCGCACCAUCUUGGCGCCUGUCAGUUUUCUCGAGUGUAUUUGUUUUUCGACGAUCCAGCAGAGCUUGUGGGGAGCAGAGAUGUGCUUGGCCAAUGGGCUCCCAAGGUGGUUGCAAUUGCAGUGGACGGGCAGCUGCAAGAAGAGUAUAAGUCGUGCCAACGUUUCGAGGCCUUGCAGGCGCAUCUUUGUGAAGACUGGAUUGCGCGGCAAGAGCUGCAUGUCGAGCUCGCCAUGAGGCGGGCGGGGCUGGAUGGCUGCGAGUGGCUCUUGCACAUUGACUUGGAUGAGCUCUUUCUUCUCCCAGAUAAUGUAACUGCACCAGCACAUUUUGCUAGAAUUGUAUCGGACCGCAGUGCUAUAACAUAUGUGAAUCAUGAGGGAUUGCCAGAACUGGAUGGAUGUUGUGACCGUGAAGGCGAAGCACGGCUUGCGAUGAACCGUUUUGAGGCAGUGUCUCUCUUCCGGCGGAAUCCGCAUUGUUUUGUUGAAGGCACUGGGCUCGACGAUGUGCUGCUGGGUGCGAAGGGCUUGGGCGGCAACAUAUGGGCGCAACGUGGCAGACGCAAAUGGCAUCGUCAGCUUGAUGAGUUCAUUGAGGCACUCGGUGAUGGAACAGAUCUGACCCUAAGCCCAGCAUCCGUUGCAUCCAGAUGUGCUUUCUCGUUCUGGCUCCAGCGAGCGAAGACUCACCUGGGUAGCGCCCAAUAUUUCUUAGGUUACGAACAUGGAAAGAGCGCAGUUCGCCUGCGCAGCGGAGCUCUGCCUGCGGGUGUGCAUCGCUUCGGCGAAGGUAACACUGGAACCCGCGCAAUCGGUUCCAGGCGAUACUGGAACCCACAAGAGGCAGCUGUGCUGCACUACGCGUUCGGUGCCGCCAGCAAUGUCACUGAGAAGUUGCGACGCCUUCGUAACUCCACCGGUCUUUGGUGGCAGUCCUAUGCGUUAUACUCCAGAGGUCGCAGUUUGGAUGACAAUGCUUUGGGACAGUUGUACAGAGAUGUGAUCGCCCUGCUCGACUCUGCAGAGGCUCAGAGGCAAGUGAGCAGCGGGAUCUGCUUUCGCUUCCACAUCGCAGAGCGUCACCUGCCGAGGAGUAGUCCCGAGGGGGACCGUGGCACGUGAGGAACCGAGGAGCCACACGAGCAGCGACUGGAUGAGCUUCUAGCCCUACGUUGGUGCCGUCGCUGACAAGUGCUGGACCUUAGAAACCGCUGGUCUCUGCAGUCCUCGCCGAUGGCUAGCAGGCUGCCUUUGCAGCCGAUGGCUGCUCCAUCGCAAGACAUGUGCUGCACUCUUCAUCUUGUGUUGCUUGGGUGGCUUGUCUCGGUGGCGUGGCUGCAGGCACCGUGGAGGGCCGAAAGAGACCUGCACAUGCACGACAGUGUGCGAACGGUUGGUCCAGAGGAGCUCAGAAUGCUGUUGCAGAAGCGGCCCAACAGUGUGCGAAUGCUUGGACAGAUGAUUACCGCUUCGAGGCAGUGGUUAAGAGGAGCUUAGCGGUUUUGCUUCAGAAGUGUCCAGGUGGUCGCAGGGCGUAGAAGUCCUGCAGGACCCACUGUGGUGCAAAUCCACUUGGGAGUCUGACUCUGGCGUUUCUCAUUGAUCGUUCUUUCAUGGGCAUGAUUCGAUUUACCAGCUGGCUUGCGAUUGAUGAUAUGACAUCUGGAAUGGGACCAGUGGAACAUACACACGGACGCCAGCCCUGGUCGACGACAGGAGUUGCAGACAUUCCGAGCCGAUGUACCCAAGACUCACAAUAUCUUCCCAGAGCUCGUGCAGAAUGCUGUGGAUCAAAAUUGACCCAGUCUAAGUCGUAAAGCAAAUGGGCUGGGGUUCUUUCCACAAUUGCCACGAGCAUCACGGUUCGAAUGCAUGCGCCGUGGUUUUGGCAUCCAUGUUGCAGUAAUAGAUACGUCCCCAGAAGCAGCAACAUUGUUGGCGCGCAGCAUACGCGGGAGCCUUGAAGUGAGUGGGUGAGAAGUUUUGUCUGCACCACAUCGGCACACUGGCAUGGAGCAUGUGACCUACGCGCGCUCAAUGAAGUGACGGUUGCGUCUACCCCAUCACAAAGACGCAUGUGCUGUCUCUCCUCGAGUUUGAAACCCGUUGGGUUGUUCCAUGAACGGGUCAAAUGAUUGAAGGGAGCUGGCGUCUGUAAUCAAGCAUCGUGAACACGUUCCACCAAAUUGCGUCUUGGCCGACCCACCCUGCACUUACAGGAGGGCGAUGCCACCCAAUGCUGGACAACUACUGUGGAAUGUUGCCCACCUUGCCGUUGCGCCAGUAAAACAAGCAAGGAUUCAUUAGCGAGAUGAUCUGAGUCGAAUGGUCGUGACAAGGUGCGCGGAGGAGGGCGAAGAAGACUCAAGGGAGGUGGUUGAAGAAGAAGACGAAUUGAACGAGGAGGCAACGAGAUAGAAGGGCGAGGCCGAUAUUUGCUCGUAACAUUAGGUGACCAACAGACCCGAAGGUCAAUGCACGGCUUGCUCCUACCCGUUGCCUGGUAGUUCUGAUUGGCUUGACCGUUGGAGCCGCACGAGGUUCAGCUCAGAAAAGCAAAAUGAGGCUCUGUAUCGUGUUCGAGCCGCGACGUCUUACAAGCUCCUGGGGUUUCGAGACCCUGACCAGGAGGAUGAGCCCAUCAGCUAUCCACGCGAGAUUCGCCAGAUGAUGGCCUGGCUUCUCGGAUGAUGUUGUAUUGCCCAUGCGUUGGGCUGUGACACACGUUGCGGCAUGAGCACAUUGUGUAGGCAGGGGGCGAGGGGG